CUUUCUUCGGAGCCGCCAUCGCCAUCGCCAUCGCCUGUGCCAUCCAUGGCGUCCCCCGAUCAGUCCGCGGAUCUCCCGCCCGCCAACCCGCACCACGAGCGGCUGGUGAACCUGAUCCAUUCCUCGACCCAGGAGUCCGUCAAGGUCAACUCGGUCCGGGUCGAGGGCCACAAGUACACCAAGCCCCACGUCCUCGAGCGUAUCGUCAAGGAUGUCCUGGAGGCCAAGACCCUGGGCGAGGUCAUGGGCCAGUCCAAGCUCGCCUGCCACCGCCUGAAUCGGCUGGGCAUCUUCCGCUCUUCCGAGGUCAUCCUGGACACCCCGCCGUCGUCCUCGGGCCGCAACCUGGUCGAUGUCAUUAUCCUUGUCGAGGAAGCCCCGCGGAUGUAUGCCAAGACGGGAACCGAGAUUGGAAACUACGAGGGCAACAUGAACGCGUCCAUCAACUUCCGCAACGUCCUUGGUGCCGGCGAGACCCUGGAGGCCAACUGGACCUAUGGUGUCGAGACGUCGGUGCCGCUCCACAAGGAGGCCAACGAGCCUUUUGCCACAUCGACGGGCACAUCCUACCAGGUCUUGUUCGGCAAGCCCAUCAACGCCAACCCCGACACCAAGUUCGAGCUGGCGGCAUUCAAGCUCAACCGCAACAUGGCCCUGUUCAGCUCGCACGAGGAGGCUAUCAACGGAUUCAGUGCUCGGUACAAGCUCCUUAAUGGAAGAUAUGGCCGACACGAGUUCCAAUACGAUGCAUCGUGGCGGCAUAUCUACAAUCUGUCCAAGGAUGCCUCCUGGAGUAUCCGCGAGAACGCCGGCCACUCGCUGAAAUCGUCGAUCGGCCACUCGUUCACCCGGGAUCAGCGCGACGACCCCAUGCUGCCCACUAAGGGCUACUAUGUCAAGCUCUUCCAGGAGUUUGCUGGCUUGGGCGGCGACGUCCGACAUCUCAAGUCCGAAGUGGAGACGCAGCUCAUCAAGCCUCUUGGAUACGGCUUUAGUCUAUCGGGAUCGGCUAGAACCGGACUGCUCGUGCCGCUGUUCGGUGACAAGACCAAGAUCAGCGAUCGAUUCUUCCUGGGAGGGCCGCUGUCGAUCCGCGGAUUCCGACAGAGUGGCCUUGGUCCUAAGGACGGCAAGGACACUCUUGGCGGCGACGCAUACUGGGCCGCUGGACUGAGUCUCCUGACGCCGCUGCCAUAUCUGGUGGACAAGCCAUUGAGGGGCCACCUCUUCAUCAACGGCGGCAACCUGAUUCCCGUCAACACACAGAAAGCGGCUCCUGAGACCCUUGCGGAGCUUUUCCGCUACCCCAGCGUCUCGGUUGGUAUGGGUCUCGCGGUUCGUUUCAGCAUCCUGCGUCUCGAGAUCAACUGGUGCCUGCCCGUGGCUGCGACAACGACCGACAAUAUGAAGCCCGGACUGCAGUUUGGUGUCGGCAUCAACUAUAUCUGAGGCAGCUUUCUCCUCGAGAACGAAGGCGGCGGCGAGCGAACAGCCAACGAACAGGAGCUUCUGGGCCCUGUGAGACUGCUGGCGGACACGCUGGAUUUCCAAGUCCAGGCAAUAUUUGCCAAUACAAAGCAAGCUCCGCCAUU